AUGGCUUCGGUCCGCCUCGCCACCACCUUCCUAGCGAAGAACCCUUCUUCUUCCCCGCCCUCCUCUUCCUCCAACAGGCUCCUCUUCCGGGUUUGCCUCUCUGCCCGGUCGCCAGGUCGCUCCUUCUCUGUCUCAAUUGCUUCUUCUGACGGCGAGCUGUUUGUGGGCACGCGUCGCAGGGGGCGGCGGUCGGCGGCGGGCGUUGGAGCUGCCGGAAGAAGGAUAUUCACCCUGAAUACCACGAGGACGCGCGGGUCUACUGCAAUGGGGAGCUGGUGAUGACUACGGGGGGCACCCAGACAGAGUACAACGUGGACAUCUGGUCGGGGAUCCACCCCACCUUCCUGGGCGACCGCUCCGCCCUCCUGGUGGAGGACGAUCAGGUAGAGAAGUUCAGGAAGAAGUUCGGCCAGCUUGGGGGCAAGUACAUGGAGAUUCCUAACCUCAAGUACGGGGAGAUCGUGCUGCCCACCAAGAAGAAAGCGGCCUCCGGAAAGGGAGGCAAGAAGAAGUGA